UUUUUCAGAUUAUUUUUGAUGGGUAAAAAACGAAAGCCUUACAAGCCUCCUGAUCCCCAAGGACACCUUCUGGAGCCAUCAAAUUGGAAAGAAGUCGUUAAGGAGAACACGUUUUUUGCAAAAUAUUACAAGUGUCAGAAAAUAGUCCCUGAAUCAGAAUGGAGCUCCUUUUUGAACAUUUUGAAGGAAAUGUUGCCACUAUCGUACCGGUUUAUUGGCAGUUGUGAAACUGCGCUAUUGUUGUCGAAGAGAAUGAUGAUAGAUUUCAUUGAUGGCCUGCCUGAAAGUAUACCGAGGCCAUUUAAAACCACCUGGUAUCCGCGUAGCAUGUCAUGGCAGCAUCAGAUAAGUCGCGCUGAAAUAAGAAGUAACGAGCUUCUGAAAGAGUAUCACAAAUUCCUCUUGACCGAAGCAGACUGCGGGAACCUCGUGAGACAAGAACUAGUCAGCCAAAUCCCACCCUUGCUACUGGACGUGCAACCCAACCACUAUGUACUUGACAUGUGUGCCAGUCCCGGAUCAAAAACAAGCCAGUUGAUUGACUUGCUGCACCGGGACUCAAAAACACCCUCUGGUCUGAUUGUGGCUAAUGAUUCUAGUAAUCCCAGAUGUUAUACGAUGACUCAUAACCUGAAGAGACUCGGGAGUCCAUGUCUUAUAGUGACUAAUCACAACGCGAUCACGAUGCCUAAUCUGGACGUGGAACCGGAGAAUCCUUCUGACAAAGAACCAGCAAAGAUCUUGAUGUACGAUCGGGUGUUGUGCGAUGUGCCUUGUACUGGGGACGCAACUCUCAGGAAGAACUACACCAUCUGGGCCAAAUGGCACUCCAAAAAUGGAAACAGCCUCCACCGCCUGCAGCUGGCCAUUCUCAAACGAGGCAUUCAUUUGCUGAAGCCGGGUGGACGUCUCGUGUACUCAACAUGCUCAUUCAACCCUGUAGAAAAUGAGGCCGUUAUAAACUCAGCUCUUAACUUCUUCGGCUCAGAUGUCAUUCGGCUGGUCGAUGUAUCGCAUGAACUGCCAGGUCUCAUCAGAGACAAAGGAAUCAAAACAUGGUCUGUUUACUCGAAUGAAACGACUUCGUUUGCGUCGUUUGCCCAAUAUAAAGACAGGAAAAGUGAGUUGCCAGAUAAUUUAAAGUUGCAGCCGACUCUGUUUCCAUCAACGCCAGAAGUUGCAGAUGAGUUCAGUUUGGAAAGAUGCGUGAGGGUGUUGCCGUACAAGCAGAAUUCGGGCGGUUUCUUUGUGGCUGUGAUUGAGAAGUUGGUCAAUUUUUCAAAGCGGAAGAGACUACAAGAAGAUUGGAAGGCAGCAGCCAAUAAAAUAUACGAGCUUGAUGAAAGUGGACAGGAAUCUAAUGGCAUCAAAGAAGAAAAGGUAGAGGAAGACAAUUUGGAAUCAUUCAGUGCAGACUCACUGUCAUUUGAGAACUCCGCACCGCCUCCUGCGAAGCAAGCAAGAUUCAAGGGGUUUAAGGAGGAUCCCUUCGUGUAUAUGAGUGACAUAGAGAGUGAUGUCUGCGUAGCCUCACUGAAGAGUGACUUUGGUGUGAGUGACUCAUUUCCCUUCCAGAAUCUACUGAAAAGGAAGGACACUGAAGGAGGAAGGAAGGUAUCUUACACCACCGACAUUGUCCGAAGAAUCAUUUCGGCCAACGAUAACUCUAAACUGAAGGUGAUCCAUGCAGGUGCACUGGUGUUGGAGAAGCGUCUCUCGGAGGAGAGUGAUAUCAACUACAGGAUUGUACAGGACGGUCUCGCUCUUAUGCUGGACCAUGUCACGAAACGGUGUCUGCAUGUAUCCAGAGACGACGUCACCAAAGUAUUGGUGCAAGAUUCAGUUUCUUUCCGUAACUUCAGCGACAAAACACAAGCUGCAAUAGCGAAGAUUGGCAAUGGGUGUAUUAUAAUAAAGUUUUCACCCGAAGAUGAACCGAAGUUAGACGAAGAUGAAAACAAGUGUAUGAUGCAGUCAUUUGCAUUCUGUGCUUGGAAGGGUCGCUAUACUGUAAGAGCGUACGUCAAAGCAUGCGAGAAAGAACACUUCUUGAGACUAGCUGGUAGAUCCCACGAAGAAGUUAAAGCCAUGCCUGAAAAAGUAGGGGAAACACUUCAAGAAGAUAAACAGAGGAAAUUAGACGGUGAAGUUAACGAAGAAAACACAGUUGUGAUAGAUGUUAGAGUUGAGGAUGAAACAUUGACUGAGCAGGAAUUAGUAAACGAAACCUCGCAAUUGAUGAAUGAUGAUUUAACUAGCACUUCUACGACAACUUCCAGUUGAUAGUUUGAAAAUGGGAAAUAUUGAUUUUUUUCAUGGAAUUUCAUAUUCUUAUUUCA